AUGGCACAACCAAACAUGAUGGUUGAACUAUCUAUGGUACAACCACACUCAUUUACUCCACCACCCCUUCCCACAUUAUUGCCCAAAAGUGUUGUUAGCUACCCGGUUCACAAAACCCUAGCAACUGCAGCCAAUCUUGCAAACCUUCUACCAACCGGUACAGUCCUUGCAUUUCAAGCCUUGACACCUUCGUUCUCCAAUAAUGGCACUUGCCAAAUCGCCAACAUGUGCCUCACUACAUCCCUCGUCGGAUUCUGUGCUAUCAUUUGCUUCCUCUCCUCUUUCACCGACAGCUUCCUUGGCUCUGAUGGCAAGUGCUACUAUGGUAUUGCCACGUUCAAAGGCCUAUAUGUCUUCAACUACAAUAAUCAUGAAGGGGAAGAGAGAAAGAGCUUGGAGUACUUGGCUAGGUUCAAAAUCAACAGGAUAGACUUUGUUCACGCCUUUGUGUCACUCUUCGUGUUCUUGGUCUUCGCCAUGAGUGACUAUGAGGUGCAAACUUGUCUAUUUCCUGAAGUAGGAGCAAAUGAGAAUGCAUUGAUAAUGAAUUUGCCACUAGGAGCUGGGGUUUUGUCAAGCUUUUUGUUCAUUAUCUUCCCAACUACAAGAAGAGGGAUUGGGUAUGCGGACAUGACUCCCUAG